CGCAGGGGUUCAGUUAACUCUGGACCUCCAAUCUACUAGGUUCCACGAGUUUGGCUUACUAACCUAAUCACUUUGUUUAUGCAGAAACAUAAAAUCCUGACACUUUCUAAAAACAUCUCGAACAACAGAGGAAAACUCAUGUAACUGAAAUAAGAAGGAACUACCCAGUGAUUCUCAACUAAUUAGUGAAGUUUCAGAUUAUAUAAACGAUAUUUCAGAACGUUUUACAGUUCUCAAAAAACACGUGAAAAUACAAGUGAAAGUUAUUUGUUUAUUUCAUGUACUUUUGCCUCCUUGUCUUUCGCGAGAUGGAAUGCGAAUCACUUGACGUGCAAGAAUGUUUCCUCAAGGCAUGGUGCUGAUCUGACUGACGGUGGACAGCUUGGUACGUGACGAUACCAUGGUGGCUCAAUUGGACCUUGAGUGGGAGGUAUCUCUGGGAGACGAAAUGGUCGAUCCCCUCUCAAUAUCCUGCAACUUGACGUGCUGCAAGUACAGUGACGAUGACGAUGAUGUUGUCUGCUUCAGUGACUUAAAUUUCACAGAAUAUAAGAACCUAACGACAUGGGCGCCUUGGGAACUGGCUGUGAGGUGGACUUUCGCUUCGCUGAUCGUGCUCGUGGCUGCCCUCGCAAACCUGACGAUCAUCAUCAUCCUGGCUAAGAAUCGUCUUCUCCUCCGCACUUCGGUCAAUCAUUUCAUUCUCAACAUGUCUGUGGCCGACUUGACUCUUGCACUCACCGGCCCCAUCCCCUUUACUAUACGGGACACUAGCAUGUUCUGGCCUCUCGGUGAAGCUUGGUGCUACUUGGAAGGAUACAUACAAAUGGUCGUGAUGCUGGUGAGUCUUGAGUCGCUUGCCACCAUCAGCUGUGACCGCAUGAUGGGGGUGGUGCGGCCCUUCCACACCCACCUCAAGACAUGGCAGUCCCUCGCCAUCAUCAUCAUCAUCUGGGUGUCCUCCGCAUUGCUCGCCGUGCCGUGGGGCCUCUACAGGGUAUACACGAUACGCAUGUGGAAAGACCGCACGGAGACUAACUGCGGGGAGAAGGAGACACUGUACGUGUGGUGGAUGGCACUAGUGGGCCUCGCGUGGCUGUCGCUCGCCAUCAUGCUCGUCUGCUAUUCUACCAUCCUCGCUUAUUUCAGGCAUCCCAGCUACAAGAAUGUCUCCAAAAGAGAACACCCCGUGAUGACUCACCUCAAGAAGCGAGUGGUAAAAAUGAUGUUCCUGUUGGUGGUGACCUUCGCGGUGUGCUGGCUGCCCAUGCAGCUGCUCAACAUCUUCCACACCAACUUUCUGAAUGACUUCGGUGGCUUGAAGGAUGAUGCCUCAAAGAGGAAUUACGCGGCGCUGAUGACGGUGUCCCAAUACAUGAUUUACGUGAAUCCCGUCGUCAACCCAGUCAUCUACGGCCUCCUCCACCAGAAUUUUCGACGUGCCUUCAGGCUCACUUUCCCCUGCAUCUUUACACGGAAGUCCACCCUGGUCCUGACCCGCGGCCAAGGUGUCACCCGAUACAUGUGGUCUGUCAGAUCGACUGGCUCGCAGCCAAGCGUCACCGGGCAGCACAGGCACAGCAGCGAGAGACAGGUGCAGCCUUACUCCCCUGAGCGCAACACUACAACGCCACGGCGGAGAUUGAGUGGUUCCGAGACACUCAGUGAUGAAGCGCAAAGAAACAGUCAUGUCAGCAGUAAGGAUGAGCGAAAGAGGAGAAAGAAGUGCUGCAUUCUGAAACCUCGGCGUCUUGCACGACAGAAAUCUAAGAAAGAGGAUAGAGGGUCUCCUGAGAAUGACAAUGAUGGAAGAUUCUGCUCUGCAGGCUCUUCCUUCGUCAAUGAAAAAUAUGUACGAGACUUGCCUCAGAAGAUUUCCAUUGUGAGCAAGGGCGCCCUGGGUCACCUUAUCACAGAGGUCAUCGAGGAGGAGACUUCAAGUGAUGCAGAGAGGGAGAGAGUCUUGUGAAAAAAAAAGUGACAUUCUUGCCUAAUUUCAUUAAAGUAUAUUUUUUUCUGAUGUAAGAGGGAGAACUGCCAAAGGCAAAAAAAUGAAUAUUAGAAAAAAAGGUCCACUGGAAUUGUAGUAUAUCCAUUUGGUAAUCGUAGUGAAGGACAGUCCAGACAUGUUCACUGGAUGUGAUGGAGAUUUGAGGAACUCUUGCCAUAAAAAGAAAGAAAAAAGAAAUUACUGUCUGGAAGACUGAUUCUAAUUGAUGGAUGAGCUUAUAAGUGAAAUAGUAAAUUUAAGGCAUGAAAUACUAUGAAAAUAUCCUGUUUGAUGUAAAUGUUGUUAUACUUUAAGUAUAUUCCAUAAAGCAUUGCCUGUGCUGGCGCAGGCGAGGAUAAACUUCUUAUGUUUAGAAAUGUUCUAGACUCAUUAUCUUAUGAUUCGAUACUCCGUUUGAUUGGUCACAUUCAGAUUUCAGGUUGAUGAACACUGUGUUGGUGACUUACUUCUUUGAAGCUAUAAAAAAAAAAAAAAAAAAAAAUCCUGAUGAUGGCAGGUGAGAAUUUCCAAACGAGUUUUAUGGAAACCAAUCCCUUGGUUAUUGAGUCAUAAGAAUGUCUAGAAAAGCUUCUAACUUGGCAAUACCUCUUCUUAUAGACUGGAAGUUGUUGCCUUUAGUUGAUUUACUUACAUAGCCUUGUGGAGAUAAUAUGUGCAAACAGUGACAAAUAAUAAUCAGAUUAUAUAGUAGUAGCAGACUUAUAGCGAUUAUAGACUCUGCUGGCAAUGGAUGUGAAACGAAGCCUUGUUUGCUAUCAGGUCACAAGUCCUCAGAAACUUUUACUCUUCCAUUAUCUGCUUUCUUUCUUUUUUUUUUGUAUGUUCUCCUUUUCUUUCUCUUUCGUUCUCUUUCUUCAAGACCAGUCAGUAGUAGUAGUAGUAGUAGUAGUAGUAGUAGUAACAAAACAAGUAAUAAUUAUCACCACAACACACCACCACCACUACCACCAUCACCACCACCAAAGUUCUUAACGAAGCCCAAUAUACGUAGAUGUAAAGCCUCCAACAAACUCCCCUUCACUUUGUUGACCUAAGUGUUGAUAAUUCUCCCCUCAGUAACACCUCAGCAGGAAGCUAAUGGCGGGGCCUCCAGCGGUACAGUGAGAAGUGGAGAGCGGAGGGGAGAGCGGAGGGGAGUUUGGUGGAAGCGGUGAUACGAUGGAAAGAAGGAAAGGAAGGAAGAAAGGGCUACAGUAACAUGGCGUAAAGAGGAGAAACGUGUGGUAUAAAGUCAGUAAGAUGAACAAGAGAGUACGAUAAUGUGGUGUGGCGCAUAAGUGAGGAACAAAAUUGUGUGAAGGCGUAGGAAGCAUAAGGAUGAAGAGGAGGUUGUGUUAAGGAAGAAGAUAAGAAGUAUGAAGCGAGAGUGUGGC